UUUAAGAACAGAAACAAUGUAUGCGAGACUUUUGCGCAGCGUUGGCGCAAAUGCAAGGUGCUUUGCCACAGAAGCCAAUGCCGCCGCCCCGAAAAUUCGACCAAUCAACAAGAUUCUGAUAUCCAAUCGGGGCGAGAUCGCCUGCCGUGUGAUUCGCACUGCUCGAAAGUUGGGAGUUCGCACUGUUGCUGUAUUUUCCGAUCCGGAUGAGAAGAGUUUGCACACCCAGCUGGCGGAUGAGGCGUAUCGCGUGGGGGAGGCAGCGUCGUCUGCCUCGUACCUGCGUGGCGACCACAUCCUAGAGAUUGCAAAGCGAUCUGGUGCCCAGGCGAUUCAUCCGGGCUAUGGCUUCCUCUCCGAAUCAGUAGAGUUUGCCGAGCAAUGCCAACGCGAGGGAGUCAUCUUCAUGGGUCCUCCAAGCUCUGCCAUUCGUGACAUGGGCAUCAAGAGUACCAGCAAGGCGAUAAUGGACGCCGCCGGAGUUCCCAUUAUCAAUGGCUACCACGGCGCGGAUCAGUCCGAUGAGUGCCUGCAGGCAGAGGCCAAAAUUAUUGGCUUCCCGCUGAUGAUCAAGGCGGUACGCGGCGGCGGGGGGAAGGGAAUGAGAAUUGCCGAGAAGCCAGAGGACUUUCUUACGGCCCUCAACUCGGCGCGCAAUGAAUCGCAAAAGUCCUUUGGGGACAGUUCAGUGCUUCUUGAGCGCUAUGUGCGAUCGCCCCGACAUGUGGAGGUUCAGGUGUUUGCCGAUCAGUACGGCGAUGCUGUCUACCUCUGGGAGCGGGACUGCUCUGUGCAGCGACGCCAUCAGAAGAUCAUCGAAGAAGCGCCAGCGCCUGGCCUGUCGGAGGAACUGCGUCGCGAGCUGGGCGAGGCCGCUGUGCGUGCUGCCAAGGCUGUGGGAUAUGUGGGUGCUGGAACUGUUGAGUUUAUUCUGGACAAGGAAGACCUCUCCUUCCACUUUAUGGAAAUGAACACCCGCCUGCAGGUAGAACAUCCAAUUUCCGAGAUGAUCACAGGAACAGAUCUCGUCGAGUGGCAGAUUCGCAUUGCCGCCGGCGAGCCCUUGCCACUGAAGCAGUCGCAGAUCACACGCACCGGACAUGCCUUCGAGGCCCGCAUCUAUGCUGAGAAUCCCCGCGGUGGUUUCCUGCCAGGUGCCGGACCACUGCGCUACCUGUCCACGCCACGGCCCAGUGCCGAGGUGCGCGUCGAAACUGGUGUCCGAGAGGGCGACGAGGUGUCCAUUCACUAUGACCCCAUGAUUGCCAAGCUUGUCGUCUGGGGCGAAAGCCGCUCACAGGCUCUGAAUUCGCUGAUUGCCCGACUGGGAGAGUACCAUAUUUCUGGUCUGGAUACGAACAUCAACUUCCUGAUCGAUCUUGCCUCGCAUCCCGAGUUCCAGCUGGCCAACGUCCACACGGGCUUCAUCGAGCAGCACUUUGACACGCUCUUCCCACCGAUUUCCAUCAGCCAGCAGCAAGUGAGCCAAGCAGCGAUUGCCUUGGUGUUCAAUGAACUGCAGGCAUCUGUCAGCAAUAGCAGCGGCGGCAAGGACCCAUUUGCCGCCACGCCGAAUGCUCGUCUUAACUAUGCCUUGAUCCGAAACUAUAAUCUAAAAUCCAAUGACAAAGUCUACUCGGUUGAUGUCAAGUAUGAUGGAGAGGAGCUGCAGAUUCGCGUAGACAAAGGCACCUGGCAGACCAUCAAGGCUGAGAGAGUGCAGGAUGUCGGACGGCUAAAGAUUCGUGCCAAUAUCGACAACAACAUCUCCACUUAUAAUGCGAACAUUGAUGGGGCAAGUUUGAGCCUGUUCCUCGAGAGAGGGAAACUCGACUUUGAGCUGGUGCAGCCAAAGUUUUUGACCGCUCAGGUCGAUCAGUUGAACGCCGGAGGCUCUAGAGUGGUGGCGCCCAUGCCUGGAGUUCUGGAGAAGGUGCUGGUUAAGCCAGGCGAUCAAGUCAAGAAGGGCGACAGCCUGGCUGUGCUUAUAGCCAUGAAAAUGGAGCACAUCUUGAAGGCUCCAAAGGAUGCGACCAUCAAAUCAAUUGGCGGCGCCGAAGGCGACAAUGUGGCCAAGGGAGCGGCUGUGAUUACCUUCGUGGAUGAAGAGGUGGCUGCCAACUAGUGCUACUCCUCCACUAACGUACCAGGGAUUCAGUUGCAUUUAUCUACAAGUUUCUAUAUAUUCUGUGUUCUUUUGUGUGCAUUUAUUAGAGUUAAGCCAUAGUCCAUUUAAUGGACUCUUGUUGUAUGUUGUGUUCAAUGGCAUUUUAAAUGUUUUAAUUCAAUAAUUAACUACCAUUGAUUAGAGACUGAGGAGCGGUGGG